AUGGUCAUGGUGCAAAUCCUUGAUUCCGAAACAAGGGAAGAAUUGUUUGUCUCUCUAAUUUCAAACUUGUUUGAAUUGUCCUCUAAUGGGACUCCACAGCUAAACCACUCUGUUGUUGUUCAGCUUUUGUCAUGGUUCAAUGAUAACUCCAUCAACACCUAUUCUUUUGGUCAAUUCCCCGAAUACUACAGAAUAGAUCAAUCUAAACGAUUGUGGUAUCUCGUGGAUCAUAUUCAGCGCCAAACUAUGCGCAAAUAUGUCUACUAUAACAACAAGGUCGCCAUUUAUGCAGUUGUCGAUGACAAUGUUAAUGGUAAUCAUAUAAUUGUGGAUAAUAAUCGUAAACUAUGCUCUAAAUGUGGCCAUUUCAAAACAUUCUCCUGUGCUUGCUCACAUCUACUACUCUCUCUGUUCUAUUCGGUUUCCCCAUUGGCUAAUUCACCAAACCUUGCUCUUCGUUCCUCUAUUAUCCCUGAUGAAGACACUUACUUAAGUAUCAUUCAAAAUCAUUCUACGUUAUAG